GUCUUGGUUCGGACAUCACAUUAUAAAGAACAAAGAGCUGUAAUAACUCCAACCUUAGAGCACAGCAAAACUACAUCUGAUUGAUCGACAUGUUUCGUUCUUGGUGGUUAGCUCUGUUAAUUUUAGGUAUCACUGUGAGUUUUGCUUUCACGGAAGAUGAUCAUUUGAAGCCUGGACAUUCAGAAGAUGAACACGACGAAGACGAACACGAUGAAGAAAUGGCAGACCAUGCAGACGAACAGAAUCCUGCUGAUGAGGAGGAAACAGAGGAUGAGGAAAAAGACGACGAUAAAAUGGAAGAUGACAACGAUGAUGAUGAAGAAGAUGAAAGUCAAGGAGAUGAUGGAGGAGAAGAUGAAAAUGAUCAAAGUCACCUUGAACACGACGCAUUUUUAGGAGACAACUACACUGAAUUCAAAGGGCUUUCCCCCGAAGACGCAAAAACCAAACUGGCGCAACUAAUCAAAGAUGAAGUAGAUCUGAAUAAGGACGGAGUGUUGACAGAGGAUGAGAUCAGACAGAGAUUUCACGUAACUACAAAGGAAUACAGGAAAAAAGAAGUCAUGGAAACCAUGAAACAACACGAUGAGGACAAAGAUGGCAAGGUAUCAUGGGAGGAAUUCAAAAAAGGUCAUUUCUCUGAUGAUGGUAAAGAUGAAGACGCUAAAGAACAAAUGAAAGAAGAUGAAGAAAAAUUUAAAUUUGCUGAUGAAGAUGGAGACGGGAAUUUAGACUUGGAGGAAUACAUGGCGUUUUACCACCCAGGGGAUAAUCCAAGAAUGACGGAAUUUACCAUCGAAGAUAGCCUCAAAAAACACGACAAAGAUAAGGAUGGUCAAAUAUCAAAGAAAGAAUUUUUAGCUACAUUCAGUGAUGUAAAUGAUGACGCUAAAGAAGAAAUGGAAAAGGAUUUCGCCAACAACUUUGAUAAGGACAAGAAUGGCAAACUAGACAAAGAAGAGAUGAAAAGCUGGCUGUUCCCAGAUGAUGACUUCUCCACUGAAGAACCUAAAACACUCAUAAAAGAGGCUGAUGAAGACAAAGAUGGCAAACUUACCAUGGAUGAGAUUAUGAAAAAUUAUAAAGUCUUCAUUGAGGAUGAGCCUGAAGAUUCAAGCCACGAUGAAUUAUAAAAUGUGACUUUUUAAUCAGGAUAAAUCCAAAUUGUUCCGGGAAAAAACUAGUGGAGGAUUAUAAAAGAUAUUGCUCUUUUGAUUAGAACUCAUAAACUAAUUAAUGACGUUUAUCCUCUUAAUACUUGUUCAUAG